CUGCACCGGCAUAAAAAAACGAAUUAUCCAGCAAACAGACAACACCCGGCUUUGAAAACGCUCUUAAAACAAAAAAAGAAAAAAAAUAUAUUGAGAUUUAUUUUGUGUUAUCAAUUAAUAAAACAAGACCUGCUUUUAAAAUCGCCACGUAAUUGCAGUAGCAACCCCCCUCGCUACAUCAGUUUAAAUGCCUUGGCCCGGAGUAUAAGCAUCCUCACCUUGCUGAGAAGCGACUCCGUGCCCUGUAUAGUCGGCUGCCGCUGCGUUGGAGGGUUGCAUCCACUGUGCUCAUACAGUAACAUGGUUUACAGCACGCUGCACUUCUGAGGGACCCGCUAACACACACGCAGAGAAACGCCAAAAGCAACCUCGGCGACAAGGUUCAAAGGCACCUCUCCUAUUCCUCCCCCAGCCUCCCCACACGCUCUCACUCGCUGUCUGCUGCUCCUCCUCCUCACACACACACGCACGCACACACACACGCAGAGCCAGCGCUAUGGGCAAGCAAAACAGCAAGUUAAGGCCAGAGAUGCUGCAGGACCUGCGAGCAAACACGGACUUCUCCGAACACGAGCUGCAGGAGUGGUACAAGGGCUUUCUGAAGGACUGUCCGAGCGGCACGCUGAACGUCGAGGAGUUCAAGAAGAUCUACGCCAACUUCUUCCCGUACGGGGACGCCUCCAAGUUCGCCGAGCACGUCUUCCGCACCUUCGACACCAACAACGACGGCACCAUCGACUUCCGGGAGUUCAUCAUCGCACUGAGCGUCACCUCCCGCGGCAAGCUGGAGCAGAAACUCAAGUGGGCCUUCAGCAUGUAUGACCUGGACGGGAACGGAUACAUCAGCAGGGACGAGAUGCUGGAGAUCGUACAGGCAAUCUACAAGAUGGUGUCCUCAGUGAUGAAGAUGCCGGAGGACGAGUCGACGCCAGAGAAGCGGACCGACAAGAUCUUCAGACAGAUGGACCUGAACAAUGACGGCAAGCUGUCUCUUGAGGAGUUCAUCAAAGGUGCCAAAAGCGACCCCUCAAUCGUGCGAUUACUGCAGUGUGACCCCAGCAGCGCGUCGCAGUUCUGAGCUUCCCCUCCUGCCCCAGGGAAACGAAGACAAAACGCAUGAAGGUUCCUGUCUUUUGUGUCACGGAGGGACGAGUUUUAGUUAUUUUAAGAAAAUUAAUCAAAAUAAUACAAAAAAAAACACAACCUGCCUAGACUUUUAACCAUCUCCUUCAUCACGCUUCACAGAAGGGAAUUCCCAAAAAGCCACAGUGAUGGGGGUGUGGAAACCAGGGACAACCUGUAGGAGCCUGGAAUUGUUCUUUGCAUUUGGAAUAGAAUGUUGGCCUUGGAAGACAGAAGGGACACAGAAGCGAUAUCUCGCCGUUGUGAACUGGUAACUACCCCACUGGUUUGUACUGGUUUUUGCGGUGGAUUAUCAGAAUGUUCUGGAGCUGCUGAAUUGUUUGCGCGGACGCUGCGUGUGUGUGCAUGUGUGUGCGUGUACGUGUAGGUUUGACGUACAGUAUUAUCUUUUUAUUUUACCUAAAACCUGUUAACAUGUUACUUUCUUGUAAUUGAGCUCAUCGAUACAUUGUUAUAUUGGUUCUAAGUUUUGGUCUGUCUUUGCACUGCAUGAUAUACUGAGAGUAUUACUGUGUAAAGUGUAAACAUGCUCCUUAUCUGAACUUUAAGUUAGGGAAUACAAUUCAAACCAUAAUUUACAGGCAUGCAUUUUCCACGUGUUAUAAAAAAUAUAACAAGUGAACUUUACAUCUGAAUAGAAACAUACUAAACGAUAGGCGUUAAUAUUGGAUGGGGCUAUCGGGGUCCCAAGAACCCCAAAAUAAAACACAACAUAGAGCAUGUAUACUAUUGAGUAGGGUUAAUCCAGACUGCAGGUGUAAUACGCAGAGUGCCCAGCAUGUGGCAGUAUUGGACGUGCAGUCAAAAUGCGAAUGAAUUGAUAUUGUGUGAACACAUGACACACGUCUAAUGAGCCCGAACAUACUGCAUCCGUGUCUUCGUGCAGUCCAGGUUAAACUUUGCCUCCUUAUUUUUUUAUUUUUAAAAUGUCUUUGCUAGAAUUCAGUUCGCUGUUUUACUUUUAAGUAAAUGUUAAAAUCUUUCUUUGUUUUUCAAUUUAGUGAUACAAAUAUUUUUGUAUGGCUCUUUGAAAACUCCCUGGUCAUCAGUGUGGCUCUUUUUAACCAAAGUAGAUGGACAAUUCAGGCCUUCUAGAUUAUUCUCGCUCCCCGAUUUGAAACCCUGGGAGUGUGUAAUAUGUGGGAGAUCUGUUAAGCACACCCAUCGCAAAUCAAUACAAAAAGUAAUAUAUAUAUAUAUGUGCUAGAAAAGAGGUCAGAUCCACUCACUUUCAUAUUAUGAAUGCAAAUUUCCAUUUUAUGCAACAUUUACACACGUGUUUACAGCCACACAGGUACUGUAUGUAAAUCUUUGUGUAACCACAUGGCUAAGUUAUACUGCAGUAAAUGCCCAUGUGAAAUGAAUCCACACGAACGUAUGACAUUUUAGUCUGUAUAUUUAUAUAAUGAACACGUAUCGCAACCCCAGACUGCCGUUUCACACACGUACACAUAAAUGUGUCUCGCUUUGGGGGUGCAAUAUAGGAGCAUCGAUUCAGGUGUGAAUUUCUACAUUUGGAAACGUGUGAACAGGUGUCCGUGUGCACAUGUCUGUAUUGCUAUAUGUGUUAAUUAUAUAAACAUAUAGAGCCCUAUUAACGGUAAGGAAUGUUUCAAGGACAGUUUAUUAAAGUACUGAGUUUUGAAACAUUCUCAGCGCUUCAAAGAAUUUAAACAAACAGUUUAAAUAGGUUUCAUGAAUUGUGAACUUGAUUAUAUUAUUUAAAUUGACUUUAAAAAAGCAAAAAACAAUCCUUAAAUUCCUUAAAACAAUCCUUAAAGUUUUGUGUAUAGGGCCCACAGUGGUUACAAUUGUAUGGUUAACAGCAUAUGAAAAAUGAUUAUAUAUAUAUAUAAAUGUUUGUUUGUUUGUUUAUAAACAUGCAUGGUUAUUAAUUAAUGAAGUUUUUCCAAAUGUUUUCCAAGUCGACUGCACUUCUGAACUGGAAUUUGAGAUUGAAUGUUUUAUAACCAUCAUUUCAGCCUUUAGCCUGGUGUUGUAAAGGAUCCCUGUGUUGCUCUGCAGUUUAGUGAAGCUGUACUCCAAGAGCUGUUAAUAUCGUAAUGUGUGUCUUCUGCGUGGUUCUCUAUCUGCUUAACCCAUUAGGUUCCGCUGUCCUCAUUUGAGGACUGGCUACUUUGUGGAGCAUUUUGAACUGGCAUCGUCUACCUGUUAUUUAAAGGUUCUGUUUAUCUGUACUGUUCGGAUAACUUACUCUAAUUUUGUUAAGAAUAAAAGUGUAAAUGUAACUCGACAACUAUAGCCCUUCAGAUGCUUUUACAACGCCUCAAUAUAAUAUAAGACACUGAACCUAAGAAUGGUCCUUUGUUUGGUGUUUUCCUCCCCACAGUGAUGAAAUUUCACUGGUCAGAUUAUAAGCAUGUCUAACUUGACUGUCCUCAAAAAUAGGAUGCUGGGAAGAGAUGUUGUAAAUAUUUUACACGUCUGAAAGAUUUGAAAUUUGAAUGGUAGGAUACCGAUUUAGAAUGUGUCAAAUUGCAGAAGUACAGCUUGUGUUUUUUUUUCAAAGAAUGUUAUUUGGUACUUAAUGGGUUAAUAAAAAAAUGUUUGUUUUGAAUAGUUUGUACGUAUGGCAAAUCACAAGAAAGAAUGGUACAGAAAACACACUAUGAUAUUGAACAGGUAAGCAAAAAAGUAAAGGACAUAACGUUUCCCUUUGAAUCUAUAUGUUCAUUUAAACAAAUAUAUAAUGUUCGAUACAAGGGACAGAUGUAAACUUAUUUACACAGAUGAUUAGAGGAUUUGUUUCCAUAUACACAGUAUAUAUAUAUAUAUAUAUAUAUAUAUAUAUAUAUAUAUAUAUAUGUAUCGCAUGUGGGUUUACAACAUGUGUGUUUUAAAGUUGCCUUUGAACUAGAAACGGGCAGUGCAUUUUAUGUAAAGUUUAAGCGAGUUAAACAACUCAAGACUACUUAAAAGCUUCAGCAUCAAAUGUUA